CGCCAAAUCAUCAUCUCGCGACCUUCAAAACAGAAAAGACAACCAUUCCGCGAACGUUACAAGAAAAGAAAAAAACCUAGCAAUGCGCCUCACCGCACUCCUCACGCUCCUUCUCCUCCUCCCGGUGACGGUGUUCGCGCGUCCCGCCCCGCAGUUCGGCGAUCAGGGCGACCAGAAUGGUCAGGACGGUCAGGAUGGUCAGAACGACCAGGGCAAUCAGAACGGACAGAACGGACAAAACGGUGGCCAAGGCUGUAAUCAAGGCGGCGGUAAUCAGGGCGGCGCCGGCGGCGCCAACGGCGGCAUAAGCACCACCCCCGGCCAAUUCUCUCUCUGCCCGAACUCCACCGCCGCCGACGUCCUCCAAGUCUCAGCGGUCAACCUCUCUCCCAACCCGGUCGUCCCCGGGCAGAACGCCACCUUCACGAUCCAAGGCACCACCAGCCGCCCGAUCACCCCUGGAGCGCGAGCCAUCUUCUCCGUCGGUUUUCCAGGUGGUUCCCCGGCGCUGUUCUCGGAUGCUGUGAGCAUGUGUGAUGCGUUCGCGGCUAGGGGUGUACAGUGCCCGAUUGCGGCGGGUCAGCAGAAUUGGGUGUUGGAUGGUCCGGUGCCGAAUGGUAUUCCGGAGAUUACGUAUCUGGUGACGGUUAGGGCUAUUAAUGGGGAUGGGUCGCCAUCUCGAUCGUCAUAUUCACUUACCGGUUUCCCUCCGAUUACCCGCGCAAUCUAG